UCGCUUCCUCACUCUCCAAGAUGGCGAUGCGCGUGGUGCUGUCUGCAUGUAGCCGGGCCGUUUUCAGCGGGAUUCCGGCUCGCAGUCUGCGGAUCGCGACAUGGUCCGGCCCCCCGGCCCGCUUCUGCCCCUUGCUGGUGAGGAAUUACGCCGCGGAGGCAAAAAAGACCUAUCAGAGAGACAAGCCUCACGUGAACAUCGGGACUAUCGGACACGUGGACCACGGCAAGACCACCCUGACCGCAGCCAUUACAAAGAUUCUGGCCGAGGCCGGAGGGGCUCAGUUUAAGAAGUACGAGGAUAUCGAUAAUGCCCCGGAGGAGAAGGCGCGUGGCAUCACCAUCAACGCGUCGCACGUGGAGUACACCACCGCCAACCGGCACUACGCGCACACCGACUGCCCCGGGCACGCGGACUACGUCAAGAACAUGAUCACCGGCACGUCGCAGAUGGACGGCUGCAUCCUGGUUGUCGCUGCCACGGACGGGCAGAUGCCGCAGACCAGGGAGCACUUACUGUUGGCCAAACAGAUCGGCGUGAAGCACAUCGUUGUGUUUAUUAACAAGGCGGACGCCGUGGACGAUAAGGAGAUGCUGGAUCUCGUGGAGCUGGAGGUCCGAGAGCUGCUGACGGAGUUCGGAUACGACGGAGAGAACACGCCGGUGAUCACCGGAUCCGCUCUGUGCGCCCUCGAGAACAGGAAUCAGGACAUCGGUUUGAAUUCCAUCAUGAAGCUGCUGGACGCCGUGGACACUCACAUCCCCGUCCCACCGCGAGAUCUCGACAAGCCCUUCCUGCUCCCCGUCGAAGCCGUCUACUCGAUCCCAGGCAGGGGAACCGUGGUGACCGGGACCCUGGAGAGAGGAACCAUCAGGAAAGGCGACGAAUGUGAAUUCGUGGGACGUAAUAAACAGAUCAAGUCUGUGGUUACAGGCGUUGAGAUGUUCCACCAGAACUUAGACCGGGCAGAGGCUGGAGAUAACCUCGGAGCCCUCGUCAGGGGGUUAAAGAGAGAGGAUGUGAGGCGGGGGAUGGUGAUGUGCAAACCGGGGUCCAUCCGGCCGCACCAGAAGAUCCAAGCCCAGGUCUACAUUCUCAGUAAGGAGGAAGGGGGCCGCCACAAGCCUUUUGUCAGUAACUUCUUGCCCGUGAUGUUCUCUCUGACCUGGGACAUGUCCUGCCGGGUGCAGCUGCCGACCAACAAGGAAAUGGUGAUGCCGGGUGAAGACUCCGCGCUCACCCUGACCCUGCGACAGCCCAUGGUCUUGGAAAUCGGUCAGCGCUUCACCCUGAGAGACGGCAACCGGACGAUCGGCACCGGCUUGGUGACGGAGAUCCUGGAGAUGACACCCGACGAUGACAUUAACUGGGGCGGCUGAACCCCCCCCCCCCAAAAAAAAAAUGAACUGAUCUUGGAGGGUUUUGUGGGUUCCUAGCGAAUAAUAAGAGAGAACCAUAAACGCGAUGGACGUCGGUCCGUCCGCACAUCGGCCCCCCUGCACCCCGGCUCUUUCCUCUGUAAAAUACACCCUUUCCUAAAUAAAGUGGCUUUGUCUCCA